AUGGCCCAGAACUCAGUGCAGUUUGAGGGCGCCAUUUGCCAGUUUGAUAUUUACCCCUCUGCCAAGGCAGCUCAUAACUAUUGUAAGUACAUUAAGAAACAGUGCAGGGAGGCUGACAACUACAGGCCUCUAAAAAAGAGCACAGCAGUGGAACCAGGUGUUAAAACCCAGAAACCGACUGAGAGCAGUUUGACUGCUGCACCACUUCUUUCCACCACCACAAAGCCACCAAAGAAGAAGCCAGACCACCAAACCACGGCAGCAUCCAAACAAGGCUCUUCUUCUUCUGCUUCUUCUUCAAACACCUCUGUCCUCUACGUACAGAGGAAGCAGCUGACCGCUCUGGCUGCACAGAAACCUGAGCCCAGAGUGACCAAUGUGGAGGCUGUCAAAGACACCUUGUUUAUCCCUGUCACUCCGCCUGCCACAGAUGGCUUCCAAACCUGGGACUUGGAACCGACCCAGUUCUCAUUGCUGGCUGGGCCGGGACCACCUGGACUAAAGGGAGAACCAGGACCCGCGGGACUUCAAGGACCUCCUGGGAAGCCAGGGACGCCCGGGAAGAGGGGCCUCAGACACCUGAGAGCCUCACACCAGCGUUCCUCAGCUCAGUCGUCAAGCCUGCGGGCGGCUAGCCGGCUAGCACUCAAAGAAAGCCGUGCCUGCCUGAGGAAGAUAUCACCCAGCCCUGCAGGGAGGCAUGGUGCCUGGUGCCUGAGCCGCCAUCAAAGGAGCCUUUGUGUUGUGGGGAACUGA